AUGAAAACAGGUAGUCAGAGAUUCCGUUGGAAUCUUUUGUUUAAUUUUCUUGUUUGGUUGAUUAUGCCACUUCCACUUUGGAUACAUUUUGUGUCUAAUAAUCUUGCCUAUUAUUUAUUACCAUGCAUUCAAGGUGUAUUCGUUUUCAUGUGGACCGUUAUUGCAAUAUUGGCUAUGAAGAAUUCUUUAAUUUUGUAUCUGAGUAGCUCUCGUAAUUUCGCUAAAGAGUAUACUGGUCAUGAGAAGAUACCUAUUCGUCAUAUUGUGGCUAUUAGUUGUUACAAAGAACCCGUGGAUUUGAUUGCAAGAAGUAUUCAAACGUUGGCAGAUCAAACUGAAGUGCAUCGAAUAACGAUGGUUAUCUCAUUUGAACAGCGAACGCCAGAUAAAGAAAAGAAAUGUCAAUUUCUACAAGAACAAUUUCAAAAUUGUGGCUUCGAACGGAUGAUAUUCACAAUUCAUCCAUAUGGUUUGCCUAAUGAAAUACCUGCAAAAUGUUCUAAUUCAAAUUAUGGUCUUCGUAUGGCCGUCAAAGAAAUGAACAUUGCUGAUGACGAAAUGGACAAUAUUCUGGUGACAACUUGUGAUGCAGAUUCUAAAUUUCUACCUCAAUAUAUUGCUGCAUUAACUAGCAAGUAUCUGAAAGAGAAUCGGCCAGCACUAAGCACAAUCUACCAGUCACCUUUGUUUUAUAACUGGAAAUUAGAUGGUCUAUCGUUUGUUACUCGUGUAACGGGGUUGUUACGAAGUUUUCUCAUGUUAGGUGCACUUAUCCCAUUCAAUAUUAACACCAUGAGCAUUUUCUCAUUUCCAUUAAGUCUGACAAAAAAAGGAGAUUUCAUUCAUCCUGGCUAUCAAAUGGAUGAUAUUAUUUGCCUCAUCCGAUGGAUGGGUGUGACACAACAACGAUUGCGAAUAUCUAUAAUACCUGUGCCAGUAUUGAGUGGACCUACAUCUGGAGAAACAAUAGAAAAAGAAAUUAUAAAAUGGGCAAGACAAGCACGUCGUUGGACAAUUGAAGCAGCCGAAGUGUUUCAUUAUUUUGUCAUCAAAGCAAGACGAAUGCCAAGAAUAGCGGCAUGCUCUUGGGGUAUUGCUUUUAUUAUUUAUUAUGGUGUUUUAUUAUGUACUGGCUGUUUGUUUGGUCUAACAACAACUUUGUCGAUGACUUUCCUUAUCAAAAAUGUUCCACCAGUUAUCUCAUAUGUCAUGUAUGGUCUAUUGGCUUUACAAAUGUUAACAUUUUCAGUUGCAUUCCUCAUUGAUGCAUUCAUUCCCAAACUCAUGCAUGUUGAUGAAUGCAUUUUUAUUCCACGAAAUUUAUUUCAUUACAUAACAACACCAUUCGUCCUCUUAGGCUAUUCAUUUGCCGAAUUUUAUGCAUUACAUGAAGUCGUCAUUUUUGGCAAGAAAGUAUGCAAACAUGGACUCUCUGUAUUAAGUUUUGGUAGUGGUAUACGUAAUUUUGUUAAUUAUUUGACGGCUGCUAAACGGCUUCAAACAUUUCUUUUACUGGAUGAGUCUGAAAGAGAUCGUCGAUUAUUAUCUAUAUCAGAUAAAUUGGAAACUGAUGAACAUUUAUUAACAAAUAAAAUGGCUAUUGAAAAGAAAAACAUAGUUCAAACAUCGCUAAAGAAAUUUACCAAAGUUGAAUGUAACUUGAAAUUAGCUGGAUGGGAACAAAAUGGAUUAUUUUUAUUAAAAAAUAUUGUAUUCACUGUUUAUCCAGGUGAUUUGAUUUGUAUUAUUGGACCUAUUGGAUCUGGCAAAAGUUCUCUAUUGCAAACUUUAACUGGUGAAAUACCUUUUUUUGAUGGUCAAGUUCGACUUCAUGGUUCAUUCUGUUAUGUACCACAAGAACCUUGGAUCUUCUCAUCGACCGUAAAAAAGAAUAUUCUUUUCGGUAAAGAUUAUGAUCCUCAAUUAUUUCGACGUGUUGUUGACGCAACUGCACUCGAAGCAGGUGAAAUGAUACAAACAGGAACAUACGAUGAAUUACUUGCAAGGUCAUCGUCAUUUAGUCGUUUAUUAGAAGAUAUUCAUCAACAAGAAAAAGAACAAAUUGAACGUCCGAUGAAUAUUCCACAAAGACAAUCAUCUAGACAUUUAACAUUGAUAGAGAAUGAACACGAAGAUGACUUGUUAAUAGAUUCAGAGAAUUUUGAAACGACAGAAAAAGGUUCAGUAAAAUGGGAUGUAUAUAUUACAUAUUUACAAGAAGGUGUUGGUGUUCUUUUUGGUAUUUUUAUUUUAAUAUUUAUAUUUGGCUUUCAUCAAGCAACAUCUAUUGUCUACAGUUGGUGGUUAGCAAAAUGGAGUGAUGAUGAAAGUCAGCGACAUGGACAUCAAAGCAAUUGUACAAAAAUCAUAAAUCAAAAGAUUAAUAUGAUACGUUCGAUGAAUGACACUGAAUGGAAUGAAUAUCGAAAUGGCCGUUUCUACUUUUAUUGUGGUUAG